ACUAUUUCCGUCUAAAUACGAGUUUUGCCAACUCCAGCAUGUGACAGUUUCAUCCGUGUGGUUCUUCUCCGGAGACCGGACGGAACCGGUGACUAUGGCCGCGGAUGUGACCGUGUCCCGGGAGACACUAAUAGGUGCUCUGACCCGGCUCGUCAACCAGAGCAAGGCUCUGCUACAGAAGGCCAAGCAGGACGCAGAAGUCUCCCUGGAGAAGUUGCUUCCACAUGAAAUCACCACGUUGUUUGGCCUCAUGGCAGCUGGCACAGACUUCUAUGAGAGCCUCGGCGUGAAGAAGAAGAGUGACGCAGAGGCCGUUUGGCGGAAGUUUUAUAACCAUGCAGCGGUGAGAGAGCUGGUGGACGAGCUUCUGGAGCUGGAGAGCGAGUGGGACGCGUUCCUGGAGAACGUGGACAAAGGUUUGCAGGUCACCGACAGGAAGCUCGCAGGAGCCAAGAUGGCCGACAGCGUGAGCCCCGACAUGGCGUUCACCGACGCUCGCAGUGGAAAGAACGUGACUCUGGCUGAAUAUCUGGGUCGAGGUCAGAAGCUGCUGCUCGUUCUCCUCAGACAUUUUGGAUGACUACCGUGACGAGACCACUUGGCUGAGCUGGAGGCCAGUAAGGCUGACCUGGAAGCUCGGUCACUGCGGGUCUUAAUGGUUGCUUUUGGGAAGAAGGAGGGAGCCGAGCUGUGGCUCCAGCAGACGGGGUGUACGUUUGACAUGCUGCUGGAUCCACAGAGGAAGGUUUUCAGGAAGUUUGGCCUUGGCUCGUCCUACGCCAAAGUGAUGAAGUUUGACUUUCUGCUGCAUUACUCGGAGUACAAAACUGUGGGCAUAGACUUUCCUGACAUCCCCACUCACCUGCAGGAAGAUCUCUACCAGAUGGGUGGAAACUUUCUGCUAGAUGAAGCAGGACAGGUUCUUCUUUCUCAUCCGUCUAAGACUCCGUUGGACAGGCCGUCCGUGAGGACGAUUCUGGACACAGUGGACGCCGCCAACGCCACGUCAUAACCAUCUGACGCGAACGCAAACACGUCACUGACACCACGGGGGGAAGAGCGGGGCUCUUUGAUGCACAUAUAUGACGUCACAUCUCGCACUCGUGAUGCUGCGAUGAGGUGUGACUGAGGAAAAAACGUACGCAGGAGACGACCGAUCUUCUCUUUUUUGGUGUCAGUGUUUUGAUAGCUACAUUUUUAAAAUCCUCACCACUUGAAUUCAAUAGAAAUAUGUUAUUUAAUGAUAAAAUGCAUUGAUUUGCUUUAGCAAAUCCAUAAUAUGAGAGAAUAUGGCGCUUAUUAAGACAUUAUUAAGUAUUACAACGAUUAAUGGAUUACUAAAUGAGUCUUUUAGUAAUGUCUGGCUAUAUGUUCAGUUUGAUUGUUUUUUAAAACGAUUAUAACAAGUUUUAUGAUUUUUCAGCUUCUUAAAUGUGAAUAUUGUCUGGUUUCUUUGCACCAAAAAAGAAAACAAGAAAUCAUUAAAACUGAAUAAUUUUGAUUUUGUGGACAAAACAAGACAUUUGAGAACAUUAACAUCAGUUUGGGAAACACUGAUCAACAUUUUUCAACCUUUUUUUGGACUCAACUGCGAAAAUAAUCGGAAGGUUGAUCGAUCAUAAAAAGGAUAGUAAAUUUCACCCCUAAUUCAUAUAAAACAUGGAAACAGUUAUUUUCUGCAUUGCUGCAGGUCUGAUCUUUCCUAUCUAAAAUAAAAUAGUAAUGAACUUUGAAUAAAAUCAGAUAUUUUCACAUAUUAUUCAGACAAAUUUAUUGUAUUUACAUGUUUUCAAGUAUUUAAAUGUGCCGUAAUGGGUUUUGAUUUAGCUGUAUUUUGAUGAUAGAUGAUAAUAACAUUGCUAUUAUGAUGAGAUUUACUGGAAAUAUUACCAUGAAACUGCCUUUCAGGGUCAAGCAGACAAGAAAUUUGGGCGAUAAGAAUAUGGAACAAUUAUGCUGUCAUGUAAACCAUCUGAACCUUGAGCAAAGAUUUAUUAAAAACAUUUACAUUCAGA